CACUCGAGGGCACGGCCUUAUUUCUCACGCGCAACGGGUUCAAUAUCGAACGCUUCCUUGGAUCGCCCGCUCACUGGCAUCACCAAGGCCUCUGCAAGCUGCUGUUUUUCUAGUCUGGCUUCUACGCACAUCGGCAAAGCAACAGCCGCAGCGGGAGGCGUUGUCCUGCCAAGUCAUUAUUUUACAGAAAGAGGACUGACUCGACCAGAGGUAAACGUCAACGGACACCAUGAAGAAGACAUCCAGCAAGCCGAAGCAGGAAGGUCAGAACGAAAGGCAUGCACAACCGCAUCGACAGCCCCAGCCGAAUCCGCAGCCGAAUCCGCAGUCGCAGCCGCAGCCGCAGCCGCAUCCACAGCCGCAUCCACAGCCGCAGCAGCAUCCGCAGCCGCAUCCGCAGCCGCAGCUGAAUCCGCAGCCGCAGCCGAAUCGGCAGCCGCAGCCCAAUUCGCAGUCACAGCAUCAACAGCGCACUGCAGCAGCAGCAGCAGCAGCAGCAGUGGCGGCGGCCUCAUCCACACCGGUAGUGGUCGUGCUGCCGCAGAGUGAGUCCAGCGAGAGCACCAGCACUUCGACGUCGAGCUCGUCGAGCACUAGCCGGCACGAGUACGGCAGUGGCACCGUGGACACGACCAGCUCGUCGACCAGCACGGCGGCAUUCCAGACCGGAAGAGGCCAGGCUGUUGGACGCAAGCGCAGGCUCCGGUACAGCGACACCGUCUACCCUGGUCGCAGGAAGAGGCCAUACUGCACCAACACCGGCGUCAUGACAGAGCCAGAGAGCAGCAGCAAGUUCUGGCUGUACUCUGUGGUGGCCAUCGUGCUGACCGCCACCACGGCCAGCGCCAUCAGCAUGUCGCUGCGCGCCGCCGACGCCGAGACGGACGAGCCGCGCCAUUACGUCCUGCCCAAGCAGGCGACCACCUCGCAACCGCCACAGUGCAAAUGCGCCAACGGCAGCGGCACGAGCACGACGAAUUCCGACGUUGUCCCGGUCGACCUACGCCGCCUCACCACCGUCGAACCACAGUGGCUGACGACGGCUGACGGCUCAGACCGAGGGGCAGCCAGUGGGCCGUUCAAGAGCGGUACGGCUAGCCCGGACAGAGCUGCGGCUGCCGGCGGCGGUAAUGCCACCUCUGACGGACACGUGGGCGGCGAGGAUGCCUCGGCCCACGACGGCGUGCCGCAGCAGGUCGCCGAAAAGGCCCCCAAGUCACUCGUCGCGUACAAGAUCGGGCCGGGCCGACGAAAACACGGCCCUCGGACGUCGCCCACGUCGGGAACGCCGGCGAAGAACGACACCGGUACGCGAGCGGCACGGCAGGUACAGACGCACGCGAACCCGGCACAACCAGACUCCGCAGCCAGAUCGCGGACGACGUUCAAGCACGCCACUGGAACGAACGAGAAGACCAGCACUUCGAAGACGACCCCCCUGUCCUCGAAGACGGGGGCGAUCGUGAAGCACGGAAUCGAGGAGGCUACCGCCGGGAAGCCGGAGAGGCCGCCGGUCAACGAGUACGGUGACCGGCAAACGCCAAGAGCUGCAGCGAAGACCGACGUCGGGAUGACGUCAGGCGAACUCGGUGGCUCGACUGGUGCUACGCGCACUGCCACUGGUGCGCAAUAAUUAACGUCUACGCAGUGCAGAUUGAACGGCCGCCACACGUAUAUGGUGGAGGGCCGACACCAAUCAGUACGACCCUCGCCACGUAAUAGUGCGGUGCGACCGUUAUAAGCCAUCGCGGCAGCUGUGAAGCAAUAUUUAAUAAAGAGAACUAGUACGAUUCUAUAA